AGUGUGCGUGGCGCUCCCUUCCAGGCUACAUGGCGGGUAAACAUUCACUCCACUGGGCCUCCACCACCACCACCACCACCACCACCCAGUCGCCUCUCAUCCUCAGCGUCACGGAAACACCACAGCCAAACGAGGACCAUUGGCGGACUAAAGACACGAAGCUCCUUUCGCUUCACACGCACCGGUGGGCGUUGGCGGCGGUGGUGGGCGUAGCAACGGUAGCGGCGUGGCUGGCAGCAACAGUGAUGGCCACGGCACUGGCGGCUACCCCAAGGCUAGCAUCUGCUGACAAGGACACCGCUGGAGCAGGAGUGGGUCUACUACAGACGGGAACGCCCCUAGACGCUGACCUGAGGGCCGCCUUCCAGCUAGCAGCGCGGCGCAGCGGUGCGGGGGUGCCGCUGCGAGAGGCCACUGCCGCUGAUACCGCCACGGACGUGGUGGCGACCUUCACUCAGCUGUGGGAGGCAGGCGUGAGGGUGUUCCUGGCAGGCGUCUCUGCCACACACACGGAAGCUUUGUGUCGACACUUGCAGCAGACAGGGAGGGAGGCGCUCCUUGUGUCCCUCACAGACGACGCCGAUACUCCUUCCUGCAGCAGCAGCAGCAGCAGUCUCUUGGCGUCUGUUUCCCCGCCGCCGGCCGCGCUCGUGGCCACGGAGGUGGCAGCGCUGGUGGAGGGCGGCGCCACCCAUCUCCAGCCUGUACUCAUGCCGUCGCGGGCGGGUGAGUCACUUCUGCCAGGCCUUAGGGCGGUGGCGGCGGCCCACAACGUGACCGUGGCCUCGCCUGUCUACAUGGACCCCGCGCGCCCCUCUGUCAUGCCGCUGAGCCAGGCGCUGGACGCAUCGCCUAGAACCGCCGUCUGGCUGGCGGCAGACCACCACCUGCCGCAUCUCAUGGCGCCGCUGAGGGCAGCCCUCUACGGCCGCCUUGUUAUGCUUCAUGCCCAUCCCGCCCACCUCGCCGCCCUCUUCGCUCAUCCCGCCGCCCGUGCCGCCGCCGAGACCUGCGCCGUCACCACAGUGCAGUGGGCGGGGCCCUCUAGUGUUGACAGCCUCGCCCACCGCCGCCUCAUGGCCGCCCUCAAGCCCAUCGAUCCGCUGGCGGCCGCCCUAGCCUACCACGCGGCAACCCUGUCCAUCGACGCUGCACUCCACGGCAGCGCCCACACUGCAUCACAGUCCAAGGCUCACCCACCAGGGGCGGCGAGCAGGUGGGGCGCUGAACAGGAGGUCCGGGACACAGAGGAGGUAGGCGCUACCCCUGCCAGGCAACAAGCAGGGUGGGCAGCACGCCUCCGUCUAGUAAAGCAACACCUGGUGAAGACGAUGGUGAUGCAGGACUCCCCGUGGCUGCUGGAGGGCAUGACCUGGGUGCAUGAAGGCAGCGGCCCGUCCCCCUGGCUGGUGAGGGGGAGCUAUGCCCCCGCUCGCCUGCUCACACGACAGGAAAUGUGGCAGCUUGGGAAGCAUGCAGGCUGUGGUUCCCUGGCCAGGGUGGAGGUACGCGCCCACGACCCCCUCACCAACCGACCCAUCCUCAAUGCCUGGCCAGUCCACGCCGCGCCAGAAGUGCUCCUCAUACCGAACUUCUCCCCGCGGGGCUUCAGUGUCAAGGCACACUGCCCGGACCGUGUCAGGAGGGAGGUGGAGGUGGGGUGCCAGGGCGCCGCGGCACACGAUGAGUUACUAAAAUGCGUAAUGGUGGAGUCCAGAAGAGCAAGACAGCGACGCGAGGUGAACAACUUCAUCACCCACCAUGGCGUGUCUGGGAGGAAGUUUCAGGGGCGAGGCUUGACGUACGCCAUCAGGAAAGCGAAGGGCUUCAUCCACCAUCCUGACGUGAGAGCCUUCAUUCCACAGCUGGGCGGCUGUCUCGGAGCGACCGGGGGCUGUAGCUACUGUUUUGUCUUCAUCAUGGGUAGCAACGUGACUGUGAACCCUGGAGUAUGCAUGGGCGCGUGCGCCGUGGCCGUGGGCGCUUCCUGCUCCUCGCUUGUCGCCAAGGGUGUGGAAUACCAGAUAGCUCACACCGUCAUCUGCACGGAGCUAUUCGCGCAGGGCCAACUCUCCUGGGAUUCCUACAUUGCAGACGCUGCCUACGGGGCGCGUGUGGCGGCAACCAACCCCCAGGCGCUGCGAGGCUACCAGCUGAUGGCGAGCCCUUUAGUGGCUGCCAUGCAGGUCAGUCCAAGCCUCUCCAGCCUGGUGGAAGUGUUGGCACGGCCCUGGGUCAGGCACAUGGAGUAUGAGGAGGGCAUAGCAGAGGCUGACGACCCAGUGGGACAUCUAAUGACUGCCCUGGGCCUGCCACUGUGCUCAGCUGUGGCACUGCUGUACCACCACAUCCUCAAGGCAGCACUCAUUGCCCUGAUGACCACCAUGACCUGGUGCGCCCUCAAGUGAGCACCACCCACCUCGGGAACACCACCAAGACUUGCCUCACAGCUGGGCCACUCCUGCCGAGAGGAGAUGCGAGCCACACUCUCAGGAAUACUGCAUCCCAGGCUGGCCACCUUUAGGCCUCCGUUCAACCUAGUCCCUUCAUCUCCCCACGGCAGCAGCCCGCCCAGCAAGCCCCCAAGGACUCACCAGGACUCCUCCGGCCACGAGCGUGCCAGCUACUGGACGCCUCGAUGUGUCAGCAGCAAAGGUUUACUGUGAUAUUUGUACAUUUAUACCCACGCGGGGCACGGCCCUGGGCUGCCCUGGCGUCCGGAGCAGGGCAGCCUUGGAUGACUCUCUUGUCCCUGUAUCGGCCUGUGUCAGGCUUCUUGGGUAUUCACGCCACCGACACAUUACCAAAGUUACAGUUUCAAAGACUGUCAAAUCACCACGUGUAAUUUUACACUAUGUGCAUUUAUGUGUAAAACUUCGUCAGUAGGUAACCUGCACCUGAGCAACACCUCGGGGAUUUCUGAUCGUUACGGGACACACACACACACACACACACACACACACACACACACACACACACACACACACACGUCAAUAGCUUAGCCCUCCCUCACACAGCAAGGCAGGGACGGCUCCUCCUCCUACUACUGGUGCCUGUAUAGUCAUAAACUCAACCUGUGCCAACGUGUUGUAAUGUUAGAACAUUUAGCCGUGGAGCAACAAGGACACGUUCUAUCACAGUGCGUGUCACACAUCCCUAAUAUUCGGACGCUUUUAUGUAGCUCCGCAACAUUCCCUCCCAUUUUUUUUUUUUUCUAUUUCUUCUUCCCAUUUUGUCUUUAUGGAUCUGAUGAAUGCUGUACUAAUGUAUUUAUCUAAGCAAUCCAUAUAUAAGAAUUAUCCUCACAAUUUAUUUAUAUUUAUACUUCGCCUUCCAUUUUCUAUGCAAUGUGUGCAUCAUAGAUUCAAUGAACGCUAUUCCAGCGUAUUUAUUAAUUUAUUUACUCAUAUUUAUUCAGGUCAAUGUGCAGUUUGUCAUAACGAACACUAAAAAAACAGUGUACAGCAUCAUUGCAAUGUUCACAACAUCAGGACAACAGUGUACACUUGCUUUCCCUUGUUACUUGGGCAUGAAAGCUGCACAUUUCCCGCCCUCAUUUCUUUGUAUAUAAUUGUUCAGUGUAUAAAUGUAGCAUUUUUUGUAAAGCUGUUGUGUUUUUUUUUUUUUAGUGUUGUUGAAGUUUUGUUUGUAUAGUAAAAUUUGAAAUGUU